CUCUACGUCUUCCUCACUCACCUUCCAGAAAUUAAAUUCAUAAGAAACUGUCUAGAGAGAUAAUCGGAUAAUCAAAGAUGUUGAGAGGCAGAGAACAGAGAACAGAGGCAGUGUUCGAGAAACAGAUCAAGUUCACCAGAAAUGGCAGCUUGAAGGCUCCGGCGAAGAGAUCGUCAUCGCAAUUGGCUCAUCCUCUCCGAUACUAUCUCAAGCGAUUCAGCGGAAGUAUGGCGGAGGCUCUGCGGAUGAUUUCGCCGGUGAAAUGCCGCAAACUUGACUCUUCAUCAUCGUUUUCGUCAUCAUCUUCGUCUUCAUCCCACUACAGCAGUAAAUCAUCGAGGCAGCAAGGGAUGGUGGCCGGAAGCAAUUAUUCGUGUACAGCUUCCGCUCCUCGCCGGAAUUCAAUCGGAACUGACGAUCACAGAGCUGAAGCGAUAGAUGAUUGCAUCAAAUUCAUCAACGCCUCCUUGUCUAGAUCAAAGUCACUCGCUUCUUAUAUUUGAUUUUGUAUGACGGACCGUUAGAUAGGGUUUAUUGUUAAUUGAUAGCUCCUAAUUAGCUUAGAACAAUUAAUUUGUAUGUAAAUUGCCUAUGGGAUCAGUCGAUCAGAUCAACUUAUGAACUUAUGAUCGAAUGGUGCGGAAAUUGAUUUGAACCUGUUGAGAGAAAACGUGUACUUAGAAUGAGUCGAUAAAAUUUUGCCUAAUCAUAAGUUAUGAUUAUUUAUUUGAACUA